GUUACAAAUAUAAAAUCCCCAAAAACUUUUCGAGGUUAUGUUUUUAUUUUACCAGCGAAAAAAGCCAAAUAACAUGUUUUUAGCAUAAAACACCCAUGGCUUCGCCACGCAGCUCCCUCAGAGACCAACUAAUGCACACCAAUGGAACCAGCCCCCACGAAACCAUCACCAUAAUAGUUCCCAGCCUCUUCUACACAACAAUCACCACCAUCAUCGUGUCGCUGCUAAAAACAAAAAUCGAAAACCUACCCCUCCAGUUCUGCAUCGAAUUCGCCACUCUCGUGCUCCCCAUAAUCCUCAACGUGACAGUUUUAGCCGACCACAACCUCGAAGUACUAACAACCUCCUUCAUAAUAUGUCUCAGCGUGCUCUUCUGUCUCCUACCAUUCAAACCUCACUCCCCCAAGUCAGACGUCCCCCAAACCCCCGACUUAAUCACCAACAGCCGCUCCACAAUCAACAUAAUCUCCGUGGUGGCAAUCCUCGCCGUCGAUUUUCUGAUUUUCCCCCGCCGCUUCGCCAAAACUGAGACAUUCGGCCAUAGUUUGAUGGACGUGGGGGUGGGUUUGUUCGUGUUUUCGAACGGAAUCGUCGACGGGGGGAAAACCGACCUAGGGAAAGCGCUGAAAGGGUCCAUCCCGUUGUUUGUUCUAGGGGGCACCCGCUUCGUCGUCACCCGACAAAUCGACUAUCACGUCCCCGUGUCCGAAUACGGGGUUCACUGGAAUUUCUUCAUCACUCUAGCCGUGACGAAAAUUUUCGUAUCCUUGAUUUUCACUGUCGUAAACGUGCGGUUUAUUUGGAUAAACGCCACGUUGUUGAUGAUUUCGCACGAAGUUUUGCUUCAGAGCGGACUGGCCAAUUUCGUCAUGAAGAACACGAAGAGGAAGGAUUUUGUUUCGGCUAACAAGGAAGGUUUGGUGUCGAGUGUGGGCUACGUUUAUUUGUACUUGUUUUCGGCCUAUUUUAGUUAUUUCGUUGGUUUGAAGAGAGGCAAGGGGCGUCGCAAAACCUCGAUUUUAAAAUUUGUUUUGUGUGCGUUGGUAACACUGGUGGGGUCGAUGAUUUGUCAAAAUUAUUUCGGAAUUUCGCGCAAGUUGGCCAACCCGGCGUACUGUUUUUGGGUUUUGUUUAUAGGGACUUUCAUGACGGGACUUUAUUAUGUUUUUGGGAGACUUCUAGAGGACGUUUUGGGGUCCAAGUUGCACGUAAGGGUUCAGUUGCCUUUUAUUUUCCGAGCGAUCAAUUACAACGGGUUGACGUUUUUUCUUGUUAGUAAUUUAUUAACGGGAGUAGUGAAUAUGGUCUGUGAUACACUGGCAGUUGGCACCACUGCUAGUUUAGUGAUUAUUUGCGUCUACAUGUUUAUCAACUGUUCGACAGUUUGUGUUCUGUAUAAGAAACAGAUGAAGUUAAAAUUUUAGAUUUUAUUGUAAUUUUUACGAAGUUAUAGAAUAAUUUAUGUAAAAAAAUGUAUACAAAAUUAAGUGUCAUAUUAGUCACAAAUAAAACGUCACAUUAGUAA